GACACACGACCCAACCUUCAUCCCGAUCAUCAACGGUCCUUUUAGCAAACGAGCAUUUUAUCGCACGCGCGUGACGACCAUUUCGUGAAUUUAUAUAAAUAUAUAUAAAUAUAUAUAUAUAUAUAUAUAUAUAUAUUUAUUUUAAAUAUAUAUAUAUAAAUAUAUAUAUAUUUGUUUCCCUUUUUAUUUGAUCUACUUCUUCUUCUCGCGGAGUUUUUCUCACGUCAAAUUCGAAGGAAAGAAACAAAGGGAAGAAUCAGAAGACCGGCCUGUCGACUGCCCCUGUCUGCCAUUUCACAGCUGCUGCUAACUUUUGCAGCUGCUAUUCAAUCUACGUUUUGAAGACGAGUUCUUUUUUGAGAGUAAAGGAAGAUCAAUAAUAACAUCAAAGAUGAUGAAGAUCGUGUUAUUAUCGAUGAUAUGUUUGCUGGGAGCAAGAGCUGCACCCUUGGCUAAUCAUCACGAAACCGAAGCACCACAGACAGUGGUACCACUCGAAAAAGUAGAUUCACCUAAUUACAAAAAAUCUACACAAUCUAAUUACAUUAGUUCAUUAGCUAAUUCAGCUGCUGCACUUGGACCAAGGAGUCUUCGCUUGCAACCAGCUGUUGCUGAAAAUUCGGAACCCAAAGCGGAAAUUCCAGCCGAGGCUUCAACAGCGACCAACCCGGAAAAUCCUCAACAAACCACCUCCCAAUCUUCCCCCUCAACGUCGCAGGAGAAAAAACAAGAGGAAUCUAAACCGGUAGCUCAGGAAACACCAUUGGAACCAGCUAACGAAAAAAAGGAAUUACCUGUUGAACAAAAUAAUGCUGAAGCACAACAACAAGCUCAGCCGCAAGCUCAACCACAAGCACAGCCACAGGAACAACCUGCUGAGGCUAAAAAGGAUGAAGAAAGUCUCAAGGAAGCAGCAUCCGAAAUGGCGGUAAACCUUCUACAGGAAACUGAAUUAAAAACUGAAUCAGCUGAACCAGCUGAGAAAAAGGAACAAGCAGCAGCAGCAGCAGCAGCACCUGCUGAAGUGAAAGAUGCAGCUGAAUCCCAUGAGGAAUCUCAAGAAAAACGUGACGUAACGAAAAAGGAAGAACCAACUAAAGAAAAUAGUGAAGAAGAAAAGAAAUCCGAGGGACAAGCUGAAGAAAAUUCAUCGAAAAAGAACGAUGAACUCAUAGUACCAGCUACUUCUGAAAACCAAUCACAAGAAGGUGAAAAGAAAAUUGAAAAUUCGAACGAUUCUAAUAAAAACGAAGAACCAUUGAAAGAGGAGAUAAAAGCUGAAGAAAAACCGGAACGCGUGACACGUGAUGCUGAAGAAACUGCACCAGUUGUUUUACAAGAAGAACAAGAAAAAAAGAGUAACGAACAAGCCGAGGAAAAUAAAAAUAACGAAGAAUCUAUAAAAGCAACUUCUGAAAUUGAAAAAUCAGCAGAAUUGGCUAGUUCAUCGUUGCCAAGUGAUGCUAAUCAAGAUGAAGGUAACAAAGGUGAAAGCAAAUCAAGCGCAUUGCCACAAGCCGAAAAAGAACCUAAAAGCGCGGAACCCGAAUCUGUAACACCAAAGGAAGAAAAAUUAUCAGAAAAUGCUGCUGCCGAAAAGAAAGAGGAAAAGGAAGAAAAAGAAGGUGCUGCAAAAUCAGCAGAAGAAUCUAGCCAAAUCAAACGUGAUGCUUCGGCGGUUAACGAAGAAUCGGCAAAAUCAAAGGCUGACGAUGAAUCACCAAAAGAAGAAAACAAAUCGGUAACUGAAGCAGCAGCACCCGUUACACCUGAAUUAAGGGAACGUUCGAAGGAAUCAUCCUCGGAAGAAGACAAAUCCGUUGAAAAGGAUGACGCUAAACAUAACAAUAGCGAAGAGGAUGAUGACGAUGACAAAAAAUCAUCUGAAGAAAAAUCUUCUAAACCAACCGAAGAAUCUAAACCAGAAUUAUUGCCAGAACCUGAGAAAGUCAAGGACGCUAAAGUUAAUUCAACGGUUCAACCAGAAGCACUUUCGUCGGCACCUUCUUCUGUACAGGAAGACAACAGUUCAUCCUCAGUGGUAAUUCCUGGUAGCAGUAACGAAGCCAGUCAAAAGAGUGACGAAAACAGCAGCCAAAGUAACAGCGAGGAAAAGAAUGCAUCAUAAAAUGAUCAAUUGCUAGUUUAUAUAUUACACGAUCGGGCUGGUCAAAAUUCAACGAAGACUUCAUCAUCAUUACCAACCAACCAACCAACCAACCAACCAACCAAUCAUAAUCCUCGAAGGUAAAAAUAGAAAUACAAAAUGAAAAUAGAGAGUCAAAUGAGAAUAGAGAUUCGAGAUCAACGAGACACCACACAACAAAUAUUGAUAAUAACAACAAAAUUAAACUAGCUAAAAUAAAAAAGUAUA